AUGCAACCAAGACAGAAAAGAGAGCAGAAUCAGGAGACCAGUAGGACACAGCGUGGUGGGCUUCUAGACCCAGAGACUGAGAAAGCUGAAUGCCAUUGGGCAGGGAGUUUGCUGGUGGAGUGCGGUGGCUCUGGGCAGUUAUUGCUAGAACUAAAACAACUUCAUUACACUUGCCUGAGCAAGGCAGAGGACAAGAGACCACAGGGCCAAAGUGCCAAGGACACAAAGACAGGCCUGCCUUCAGCACAGUGGGCUGUGACAGCUGUAUGGCUAAGUGGAAGCAUCUCUGGACUCUUGUUCACAACAGCCACAUUCUCUCUCACAUUCUGUAGAACCACAGUAAUCCACCAGUUCUUCUGUGAUGUCCCUCAGUUGAUAAAGCUCUCCUGCUCCAAUGACUAUCUUGGAGUUGUUGGAGUGAACGCUUUCAUGGCUAUGAUGGCAUUGAUCUGCUUCACCUCCAUUGUCCUUUCCUACAUCCACAUCUUCUCCACAGUUCUUAGAAUACCCUCUUCUGCGGGCCGAUCCAAAGCCUUUUCCACCUGCCUGCCCCACCUCUUUGUUGUCUCAUUUUUUCUCUCCACAGGUAUCUUUGAGUUUCUCAAACCAACUUCAGAUUCUCCAACAGUUUUUGACCUGAUGGUUUCUAUCUUUUAUACAGUAAUACCCCCAACUCUCAACCCUGUUAUCUAUAGCCUCAGGAAUGAGGUCAUGAAAGAAGCUUUCAGAAAGUUAGUGUUAGGUGGAGAAUUCACCAGGAAAAAAAUAUUUUUGUCCUGUUGUUGA